GCCUGUGCGCGACCUCAGUCGUAUGCUGCCGUGGGGGCGGAGCGGCGCAAGCGCCCUGCGAAGUUUAGGACCUGGAGCGUAAACAAGAGACGGGAAGGGAUGAGGCGACGGCUGAAGUUGGAGCAGCGAGCGGCGGCAGCGGCAGCGACAGCAGGAACAUUAGCAACCACAACCGCAGCAGCUGGAGGACCCACUACGGAGGAGACGACAACGACGGCGGCGGAGAGAGGGGCCUGGAGCCGACCCUGACUCCUUCGUCUCUCCCGUCCCGGGAGGUAGAGCGCCCGAGCCCAGGCCCCCCCUCUCAGCCAUGAACCUGGCCAGUCAGAGCGGGGAGGCCGGCUCCAGCCAGCUGCUCUUCGCCAACUUCAACCAGGACAACACAUCCUUAGCUGUUGGGAGUAAAUCUGGUUAUAAAUUCUUCUCCCUUUCCUCUGUGGAUAAGCUGGAACAGAUUUAUGAAUGUACUGAUACAGAAGAUGUGUGUAUUGUGGAAAGAUUAUUUUCAAGUAGCCUGGUGGCCAUUGUUAGCCUCAAAGCUCCACGAAAGCUAAAAGUCUGCCACUUUAAGAAGGGGACUGAAAUAUGUAAUUAUAGCUAUUCCAAUACCAUAUUGGCAGUCAAAUUGAAUAGACAGAGGUUGAUAGUAUGCCUAGAAGAAUGUCUUUACAUACACAAUAUUCGUGAUAUGAAGGUACUGCAUACAAUCAGGGAAACUCCCCCAAACCCUGCAGGUUUGUGUGCACUGUCAAUAAACAAUGACAAUUGUUACCUGGCUUAUCCUGGGAGUGCAACUAUUGGAGAAGUACAAGUCUUUGACACCAUUAAUUUGAGGGCUGCUAAUAUGAUACCAGCUCAUGAUAGUCCCCUAGCAGCUUUGGCUUUUGAUGCAAGUGGUACCAAACUUGCCACAGCUUCUGAGAAGGGUACUGUUAUUAGGGUAUUUUCCAUUCCAGAAGGACAGAAAAUCUUUGAGUUCCGGAGAGGAGUGAAGAGGUGUGUAAGCAUCUGCUCUUUGGCCUUCAGUAUGGAUGGAAUGUUCCUCUCUGCUUCCAGUAACACUGAAACAGUGCACAUCUUCAAACUUGAGACUGUGAAAGAGAAACCUCAGGAGGAACCAACUACCUGGACUGGUUACUUUGGGAAAGUUCUUAUGGCCUCUACCAGCUAUUUGCCCUCUCAAGUAACAGAAAUGUUUAACCAGGGAAGGGCAUUUGCUACUGUCCGACUACCAUUCUGCGGUCACAAAAAUAUCUGUUCACUUGCCACAAUUCAGAAGAUUCCCCGAUUAUUAGUAGGAGCUUCUGAUGGUUACUUAUAUAUGUACAACCUGGAUCCUCAGGAAGGAGGGGAAUGUACCCUGAUGAAACAACACAAGUUGGAUGGCAGUAUGGAGCCAGCCAAUGAGAUCCUAGAAUCUGCAUCCCAUGACCGUCCAUUAGUAGCUCAGACCUACAGUGCUGCUGUGACAAGAGGUGCUUAUGUACCUUCCUCACCUACAAGACAUGCAUACACAGAGGAUCUGGGAGCAGUGGGUGGUGCUUGUCUGGAAGAUGAAACCAAUGCACUACGAUUGGAUGAAGACAGUGAGCAUCCUCCCAUGAUUCUUCGGACUGACUGAAGUUUAACCUGUGAACUCUAACCCCUCGAAGCAAAGAACACUGGCUUGAUACUUCUUUGAGGACUCUGUGUUAAGCUGCUAUGAACUUUGAAAUGAUUUGGGGAAACAGGAUGGCAGAGACAUUAAGUUGUAGCCGUAGACUAAUUCUAUACUAUUGAGAAAAUAUAUUGUUUUCACUUCUGUGGCUUUUAAUCCUAUCAAUUUUAGCUUUCUUGGUUGUUCCUCUCCCUCCUUCCUCCCCACGCAUUUGUUUGCCAAAAUCAGCUGUUUGGUGAAGCCCUUAGACCCUCCUCGCUUUGCAUGCAUUCAUGUGCCAAGCUAGUAUAGGAGAAAGAGAAGCCACUUUAUAACAAACUAAAGUUUGUAUUUCUUUUUAUACAUGUAUAUAAUAGUAAGUAUAUAUAAAGAAAGUGUGAAGACAUGAUUCUUAAUGCUGAGGUUAGUUCUGCACUGACAGAGGUCCAGAAAGUUUCUUAUGCAUGGGCUUGUCAGUGUGCUUUAGUGACUGACGUGUGACCUUUUAAGAGAUACCCUCUUUCUUCAUACCCCUAUCCCUGGACCAUUUUUUUUUAAAAAAAAAAUUAUUUUAUUUUUCGUUAAUUAAAUUCCUCCUGAAUGUUGCUCAUUUGUGGGACUUCUUCUGUGAUGGAUUUUCUUUUGUUCUUGGUUUUGUUUUGUGGGAGUUGGAAAAGGGAGGUCUGUUUUCAGAUCAAAAGCCAGCUCCUUCCCCUCAGCACAUGAAGUAGAGAAAGUACUUGAAAACAUUUAGGGAAUAAGAUGAUAUUUGUGUAGUUAAAUCAUCUGUUCCUUAUUUUAGAUUUUAGUAGGUUCUUUUUUUUUUUUAAUCUGUGUGCUGACUUUAAAGAGAGUGCCUAUCAACUUAGUUUUUCCAGGAAAGCACAAAAAAUUUUUUAGUUCAGUCUGUAGCUAAACUGUCUUACUGUAAAUUCACUCUUUCCAUUCUGUAAGGGUUUGAUCUUUAUGAGAAUUCUUGAGGGACAAAAAUGUGAGAAAGAAGAAACUGGAUACAAAAUACCUUCUUAGAUAGGUUGCGUUUCUGUAUACCUUUUGUGUCAUAAUUUUUUGAGCUGUAUUUAGCAAACUAUGAAAUUGUGGUUCUAAAUGUCACUAUUUUGUCAAUUUUCCUCUUUUUUUUUAAAUAGGAGAUACAGGCAUCCCAAAUUACCUCAAACUCUGCAUUCCAAAACGAUACAAACCAGUUUAUUUUGUGAUAGAAACUAAUGGUUUGAAAGAUAAAAAUCUAACUCAGGGCUGGGCUUAAAUUUUGAUAAAUAGAAGCAAGAAAAAUGUUGCUUAAACUAGUCUCAAUAUUGAGUUUUAAAACAUGAGGCAGGAAUGAAGGAGUGGAGUUUGUUUUCAGAUUUAUUCUUUCUGCCUUGGUCACUGGCUGAAUUAAACCAUCUAUGAAAGGAAAAAAGUUAAUUUAUAUGUAGAAACAAAAAUUUGUUUUGUAAAACAAAUCUCUAAGGCAAAAUCCUGGCUACAAGUAAUCUCCCUCCAUUAAUUCUCUUAAAAGGUGAGGAGACAAGAAAUAGGUCUUGUAAGCAUCUAAAUGAUCAAAGGGAAGAAAAAGAGAAUUGCCUAUACCUCUCUUUAACUGAAAACUUUUGGUGUAUUCACUGGAGUCUUGCUGUAAAGUGAUUCCUAGGAGCAGUGUGGUAUCAAUUUAAAUAUACUUUGUAAUUGAAGUAGUAAAAGUGCUAGCAGAAUUUUUUUACCUUUGUCAUAGUCCUUGAGGCAUAGCACUUGGAAAACAGUUUUAUAGUGUUUCCAUUCCAUUGUCCAUUGCUCAACUUAUGAGUAAAUCUUAACAGCUUUUAGUUCUCUCCCUCAUCAGAGUGUUGCAUUGUAUUUCAUAUCUAGGUUGUACAGUUCAAUUAAGGAGUGCUGCCAUUAUAGUUUAGAACCUAGCUUAGGUUUUUGAUGAGUAAAGAAGGAACUGCUUUUUCUUGUCCUUUGUAUUGAAUGGUCAUUGACAUUAUUUGGGACCAUGCUAUUUAUUUAUUUAUUUUUAUUUAUUUAGAUUUGAGGGAGUGAAUUUGCUUUCAUCAUCAGGCAGAUGAUUACCUGAGAGAAAAGAUACACACUUGCAUCCUUCUUUGAUAUCGGUAGUGCCAAAAGUGUUUUUGGAAGGUGUGACUGGCAGAGAAAAGAAGGUUUAAAAUAAGUAAAAGCUACCUUUAUUAUAGAAGAAAAGGAAAUAAUACUUGACUUUUAUAUUUCAAGUUUUAGUGUACCUCCAAAAUAGAGGUAAGCAUUUCUCAUUGAGAACCUGCUUUAUUGGUGUUUUAUGCUCUUCUUUGCCAACCUUUUGGCUUUCACUGUUUAUUAGCACCCUUUCCAUUUGGAGAUAGAAAAAAAAGAGAGGAAAUAAAACAAUCUGAUUUAACAUAUAUUAUUAGAUAGGGAUCAAUAAUCCCUUUAGCAUAUGGUAGGAAUAGUUUAGAGUGCCUCCAGCAAGUGCCACAGGUUACCUACCUACCUCUCUAUUAGAUUCUCUGAUACAGCAGAGAUGAAUGGGACUAAAAACUAGAACAUACCUUGGCCCAGUUCUAGAUAUCUUACUAAUUUGCGAUAAAGUCCCAUUUUUUUCUUAAACCAAAGUUUGUCAAUUUUUUUCUUCAUAAAAUAAUUAAAAGUUUUUUAAAAAUUAGGAAAACUUAGCAAAGUAGUUUGAUUUAGGGCCAAACUAUUGAAUAAAAAUAGACAUUAAAAAAACAAAAUGACAGCUCACCUGAUAGUUGGUUCAGUUCUAGUCCUUUGGAUUAUAAAGGUUGGUAGGAAACAACUGCUAUCCAUAAUUAAUGUCUUGAAUUACCUAUGGAUUUCAGAUGCAUGCUUUUUUAUUCCUCACUACAAGAAGUAAUGAGCUAACUGUCUAGGCCUUGUUUGUAGUAAAGUUGCUAGCUAAUUGAUGGCCUGUCUUGUUGAUUUUUCAGCUAUUCUUCCUUAAGUUCGAUUCUUAUGGUAUUUGAGUUAUUUUUUCUUCCAGAGAUUAAGUCUUUUGGACUAUAGUGUUAACAUUUGAACCCACUAAACAUAAAAGCUUAUGUACUACUCAGUUUAGCAAAGAAAAAUCAUCAGCACCAAUUUUGGCUCUGAACUCGCCAUAAUUCAUAUCAGUUAUGUCCUAGAGAUUACUGCUGGCUCAAAUUUGUAGUGACAGAAUGACAUCUUGGCAUAUAUGUAUUCUGUUUGUGUUCUAUCCUGGAACCAUUAGAAUUAUUAUCUUGACCAAGUCAUUGAUUGAACCGAGAAUUAUAUACUGGCCAAGUCAUUAAUUGAACUUCUCCUGUUCUGUGGUAAGGAGAUAGCUUUGUUACCAUUUAGGCUGCAUGUACCCCAUGCCUUGAGUCUGUUUCCAUUUCACCUUUUUCCAGUCUACCCUGGGGCAAGAAAAUUACUCAUCAACUGCCCUACCAGACUGUGAUUGAGUGGUUCCAGAGAUGAUGCUGGGAGCAACUGAGAAGCUUCUGGCUAUUUCUUUUCUACAAUUGACUUGUUUCCCCUGAAGCCCCUAAAUAGCCUCUUAACUUUUUCUUCACAGAUCAUCUCUUCUUCCCCUCAACUACAUAGUGUGUCACAGCCGACAAAUGAGACUUUGUAAGGUUGUCACAGGAUGAUAGAUUUAAAAAAUGUAAUGUUGACUGUCCAACAAAGGGACUAUUUUAUGGAUAAUUGCAUAAGGAAAGUUGAGACCCAACAGAUGAUAGUGACCAGAACAAUCAAACUGACUUAGAAAAAUUUUUUAUAUUAAAUCCUUUUUAUAUUUUAUAUUUUCUUGACUUAUAAUGGCGUUGGCAUAAACAGGUUAUAUGAAGCAUGACUUUAUAAUAAGAAUAGAUAAGUAUCUCUCUUGCAUGCUGAAUGACUGAGUCACUUGAUUGAAAAGAAUAUUUGACAGUUUUGUGUUCGAGCAACUAAAAAUCCAAAUAUAUUUUAUAAGUGUACUUAAUAAUUAUCUAAACCAAAAAGGAUGCAGUUAGAUGAAAGCUUUAUAGUCUUUUGUUCUGUGGUACCCAGAGUUGAGAGCUAAUAGCUUUUUCUUCUUGAAAUAAGAGGAUAGCACACUUAAAGCUAUUGGUAGAAUGCAUUGUCUAGAACUUUUGGUUCUUUGUGUGUGCCUAACUUAUUUCAGGUUGAAAUUACACAUUUGGAAGCAUUUAUUGAGCAGCCAGAUUUUUCAUAUGUAUAUUUUAGUUCUCACUUGACCAAGGUCAUAAGGUAGAAAUAACUUUGGUCCAUAUUGGAUCUCUUUUCCCUUCUCAGUACUUUGUCCACAUUGUCUUGAGAUUCUGCCAGUUUCAGGUAGGGUUCAUGAAAUUGCUUUGAAUAGAUAUGACUUCUUCCUCUCCCCCUUAACCCCAGCCCUCUUUUUUUUUCAUCCUUUAUCAAUGAUGGAUUAGGGAAGAAUUUGACUUUGAAAAGUCAAACAUUAUUAAGGCAUGAAUUUUGAUAGAGCCUUUCACUUCUCACCUCCAUGUUGUCUGGUGCAUUUUUUUUAGAAUUUUAAUUUAAAUUUUUUCCUUUCCACAUUUUCCUUUUUGGAUGAAACUGCAGCAUGUGUUGCUAAUGUUUGUCUUGUAUGUGUGUGUAAACAGUGUAAAAGUUUGCUUACAAAUUACAUUCCACCCCAUGAACUGUCCAGAUCUGAUCAAAAGCCCUUUGCUGUUAGAAUUCUAUAACUGCCUAAGACAUUAAACCUGUGUUGUUA